AUGCCUGCCCGCGUCCCAGGACCCGCGGCGGGCCUGACCCGCACGUCCCUGGGCCAGUGGCGGAUGCCUGCCCAGCCCGUCCCAGGACCCAUGGCGGAUGGACAUCCCGGCCCACCAACCGUUCCGGGGACCAAUGAGGCGGACGUCUGCCCGCCUGUCCCGGGACCUGCAGCGGGCCCAUCCUGCCCAUUCCGGGACCGGUGGCAGACUCCUGCCCACCCGUCCCGGGACCCGCGGCGGGCCCGGCCCACCCGUCCCCGUGGGAUCCCAGUGGCGGACGCCUGCCUGCUCCCGCCCAUCCCAGGACCCGCAGGGCGGGCCCCGCCCGCCCGUCCCAGGAACCAGUGCGGACGCUUCCCACCCGUCCCGGGACCUGCGGCGGGCCCCGCCCGCCCGUCCGGGACCCGCGGCGGGCCUGGCCUGGCCGUACCCGGGACCAGUGGCGGACGCCUGCCCGCCCUCCUGGGACCCGCGGCGGGUCCAGCCCGCCCGUCCCGGGACCAGUGGUGGACGCUUACCCACCCGUCCCGGGACCACGGCGAGCCCCGCCCGGGACGUCCUGUGACCAGUGGCGGACGCCUCCCUCCCGUCCCGGGACCCGUGCGGGUCUUGCCCGCCCGUCCCGGGAUGAGUUUGCGGACGCCUGCCCGCCAUCCCGGGACCAGCGGUGGGCCCCGCCCACUACCUGUCCCGGGACCAGUGGCGGACGCCUGCCCGCCCGUCCCGCGACCCGUGGUGGGCCCCGCCCAUCCUGUCAGGUGA